AUGGUACAUCAGCGUUCUUGUUUCCUUAAAUUCCACCACAUGAUGGUAAAAGUAUGGCCACCUGGGGAACAACCAAAAUCAAUAUUAUAUAAUGUCUCAGCAUACGAAGUCAACCUUAAGAGCUGCCCAUAUAAGUCAAGAAUCCAAAAGGAUGCCGACAAAACAUGGCCAAGCAGGUCUAAAACCCCUUUUAUGAAAGCUUUCUGGCAGAUUGCUGUCAAACACAUUACAGUAUGCCUACAGAAUCAGUUUCCCCAUUAUGCUGUUAAAUUAAACGCCAUCAGCUAUUCAUUCUUUACAUUUGAGUUUGGGAGGCCAAAUUCUUAA